CCCUCCUUUCAAGAAACUCUAGGGCCGCCCCUGGAAGUGGCGGGGCGAAGGGACCGGAGGAGGGACCGGAGGAGCGAGGCGCGCGGCGCAGCGAUGGAGCCGGACAGCGCGGGCGCGGAGGCCGGCAUAGAGAGCGCGGGAGGUGACCCGUACCGGCGACCUGCGCGGCGCACGCAGUGGCUGCUGAGCGCCCUGGCGCACCACUAUGGGCUGGACCGCGGCGUGGAGAACGAGAUCGUGGUGCUGGCCACCGGCCUGGACCAGUACCUGCAGGAGGUCUUCCACCACCUGGACUGCCGUGGCGCCGGCCGCCUGCCCCGCGCCGACUUCCGCGCCCUCUGCGCUGUGCUGGGGCUGCGCGCGGAGGGGGCCACCGCGGCCGGGGAGGCAGUCGGAGACGCGAACUCCAGAGCUGUGACCACCGGGGACGCGGCCGCUGAGUUGGCCACGGACGGGGACUCAGAUACCGACGAGGAGGCGCGCCUGGCGCUGCGCGCCGAGCCGCCGGAGCUCACCUUCCGCCAGUUCCACGCGCGCCUCUGCGGCUACUUCGGCACCCGUGCAGGGCCCCGGCUGCCCCGCGGCGCCCUCAGCGAGCACAUCGAGACGCAGAUCCGCCUGCGCCGUCCGCGCCGCCGCCGCCGCCCGCCCUGCGCGUCUGGCCCCGACAGCGGUCCCGACUGCGAGCGCGUUGCGCGGCUGGAGGAGGAGAAUAGCAGCUUGCGCGAGUUGGUGGAGGACCUGCGCGCUGCGCUGCAGAGCAGUGAUGCGCGCUGCCUAGCACUGCAGGCUUCUGGGAGGUUUAGGAGACAGAAGUGUGAAGAAGGCCCUGACCUCACCUUUAAGGAUCUCCCUGCCUCCUGGAGUAGACUGACAGCUCCUUCUGUCAAUCAGCAACGACUUACGGGGCUCCCUGCGGGAGAAACAGACAAGUCGGGCUCUGGAAGAGCCAGGCGAGCACCCACGAGAUGGAGCGCGGCGGACCGGAGGCUGCGGUGCGGGAACUGCGGCAGGCACAAGGCGCGCUGGCUGCGGCGGAGGCCCGCGCUGGGCGGCUGCGCCGUGGCCAGGCCGAGGUGCGGCGGCGCGCGGAGGAGGCCCGGCAGGUGGUGCUGCGCAGCCUGCACCGCGUGCGAGAGCUGGAGGCGCUGGCGCGACAGGUGCCCGGCUUGCAGCGCUGGGUGCGGCGGCUGGAGGCGGAGCUGCAACGCUACAGCCGCUGAAGUCCCUUACCUGCUGACAUACCUCCUCUGCCAAGAAGCUCACUGCGUUCCACAGCACAUCAUCAUCAUUCUUCAUCAGCAGUUCCUGCGAGAAAGUUGUUCCUCCCAGUCAGAGGACUCCCAGCUCCCAACCCCACAGUUAGCCAGCCCAGAGCCAGGAGACAAGAGUAAUGAACCUGAAGAUGCUGGGACCAGAGACCCAGACCCCACUCCAGAGGGAGCCUGGCAGUCAGACAGCAGCUCCGGAAGCAGAGCCCUGGAUGAAGCAGUGGACGAGCAGCUGUUCCGAUCCGUGGAGGGCCAGGCCGCCUCUGACAAGGAGGAGGAGGAGGAGGAGAAGUGGCGGGAGGAGCAGAAGAUGCCGGCAGCUGAGGCCAAGACACUGCUGGCCCGGCUCUCCAGCUGCAGAGGCAGGUGUGAUGACCAGACGGCGGAGAAGCUCAUGACUUACUGUGGUCACUUCGGCGGUGCCGACCAUGCCUGCACCCUGGGGGAGUUGGAGGCCUGCGUUGCCAUGCUGGUGGAGCAGCUGAGGACUCAGGGCUGCGGUGGGAGGACCCUGGGGACCUCUGGGGAGGAGGCAGAGUUGCAGCAGAAGGUGGAAGAGAAUGAGCACCUGAGGCUGGAGCUGCAGAUGGUGGAGACUGAGAGGGUGCGGCUGUCCCUGCUGGAGGAGAAGCUGGUGGACGUGCUGCAGCUCCUGCAGAGGCUCCGGGACCUGAACAUAUCGAAAAGAGCCCUGGGGAAGAUUUUGCUGAGCACGCUGGACGCUUUCAAGGACCCCACCCACGUGGGGAGGCCCAGCCCCGCAGCCAUCCUGGAUGCCCUGCACCAAGCCUUGGCUGCCUGCCAGCUGUUGAGGAGACAGCCCUCCGCACCAGCCUCUGCAGCAGCUGCGCUCGCCAACCCCCUCCUCGUCUCCUGCUGAGGUUACUGGCCCAGCCUGUGGGCACCCUGCUCAGCCUGACUGCCUUUGGACCAGCCUCCAUGAUCAGCCCAACCACUGACAGCUGGUCUGACCACCAUGCCAUCAUCAGAACUUGAGUCUGUGCUGGCUCCUUCCAAGGUUGAGCCCAAGCCCAGAGCCUCCCACUGCAGUGCCUGGAAGCCACCCCUUCCUUGGGCUCCUCCACAUUCCCUCGUAGCCCCUGCAUUCCUGCCACCAGAGUCCACAUUAAAGCCCUGCAGUUGCUGGAUCAGCCUGCACCUGAUGCUAUAUCUUUCCCCUGCCCUCAGGGCAGAGGUGCCCACUUUCUAACUGAGUCUGACCCCGAAUCUCUUCCCCAGGGUUUCAGGAUCUCCUCCCCUCCCAGCACUGUCUCCUUCCUCCCACCAGCAUGGCUGCUGCAAGGGAGACUGGGCCCAACCUUUGGGAUACCUGGUCUGUAGGAAAGCACUCCACACCCCAGGAAAUGUUGAUGACUAGGAAAGGCUGCGAGAAUUCCAAGGAAUAAUCACUGUAGGCUCCCUGGUGGAAGCUGGCCUUGAACCAGCUCUAGAAGACAGGUAGGAUUUAGGCAAAAGAGAAGGGAAGGGCAUAGAAUCUAAGGUAACCGCAAGAGCAAAGGUGUGGAACCAGCAGGGAGCCUCAGGAAUGCAGUGCUUGGAGCCCUUGCUCCUGAACACACACUAACUCCUGAACUGCCAGCCGCUCCUCCCGAACUGCGUCAUGGGGUUGCAGGAAGGAGUGGCCAAGAUGCCUGGUAUCACCUAGCUUAAACUGUCAUGAGAGAGAAAGAGCCAUUGCCAAACAGUGCCAUGGGGGUGAAACCAGUGCUAAAUGGAGGUAAAAUUAAGUGUUGUAAGAGCCCAA